GAUCACAUAGUUGCUAAACUUAAUAAAAUAUUUGAAUGUGACUAUUCUAAAGUUGAAGAUACUAUAAUUACUGAGACAAAAAUUGUAGAUGAUCAAUCUGAUGAUUCAAAAUUCAUUUAUUUUAUCAAACAUUCUCUUUUGGAUUUUGUUGCUAAUUUCAAAUAUAUAACACCAAGAGCGUUAGAUAGAUCAAUGUAUGAAAGAUCCUACAUUAUAGAAAAGAUUGUUGAGUCAAUUAGUGGAACAAACGAAAUGUUUAUGUGUGAUAUUGACCAGCGUAAGACAGACAUAUCAAUUGUUAGAAUUUCUGAUGAAAAAGGGAUACUAAAUGUAGAGGUCUCAGGGCCACCAUCUAGAAACACUAAAGAUCACACUGUUGGAGACGUUAAAAAGUUAUUAUCUAUGGCAGUCUGUAGUUUAUGUUGUUCCCUUGGUGACUAUCUAGAUUGUAGUGUCGAAGAUGCCAAAAAAAUUAAAUCAUAUAGCAUACAAGUAAUUGGUAACAGACUUACAUUAUUUGCAGUUUCUUUAUUUGAUAAAAAGAAAUAUUUGGCAAUAGAACUUUCAUCAUGUACAAUUCCAUUUUCGUAUGAUUCAAUAUCAUGUUAUAUGAAAAUUUUUAAUUUUUUCGCAAUUAUAAGAAAAGAAUUUCUAGAACAACAAGAACUGUACAAAAAAUUUGGUUCUUUCCAUCAUACUGAUAAUAGCACAGAAAAUUUACGCGAGUGGCUUCAUCCACCAGAUGUUAACUUAUAUCCAUCAAAAGAAGAUAUUGAUGAUACAAUAUUUUUUAUGAAUUAG